CGGUCCGUCAAGAGUCACUCUCAUCUCAUCAGUCCAAUAAAACCUUUGAAAAUCUGUCUUCCGAUAUUUCUUGGCCCACCUUGUUGGCGUCUCAGUCGAAUCUUCUGUGUCUCGUUCAGUGGUGGGCGGAUUUCAGCCGUCCUGACCUUGGCCAUGUCUCUAGGCGCUGGACACCUCGUACUUCUGGCCACUCCAAGUAGGUUGCGGUUCUGGAAUAGGACUGCACUGGAGGAUAAUGGGUUCCUGGUAGUCUCAAGGUUUGAUUCUGUGCAAAUCUUUGCUAAUUAAUUUACAUCUUUUUUUCUCAAACACAUUUCUAGCAACCCUGUUGA